CCUUAAGGCUAUGAAUGAUAUUCAAUUUUGUUUUAAAAGUUUUACCAAAGCAGAAGGACGUAAUUUAUUGCGGAUGUUUUAAUUUAUUUAAUUUGGAUUUUUUUUUCGUAGUCUGUUUAAGGAAAAAUCGAUUGAAAAUUGAUUGUAGACGAUUUUAAACGCUCAUUCAUAAGCCUCUUGCAAUUUGAAAUAUGGAAGCAGAUUUAGGAAUAAUAGAACUGGAGGAAGGGGAGACUGCAGCAGGUGAAAUCAAUGCACCACCUAAUACGGCAGAUAAUGACAAUACUGAAAAUGCUGGGACCUCUCCGGAAAUGGCUACAGAAGAUUCCCCACGAAGGGGCGAAAUUGGCGACGCCAGUGCUUCAGGUGGUCCAAAUGCAGCUCAGAAUAUAAUAGGUGGAGAAGUUCCAGUGCCAAUGGAUCACGCUUCAAUGCCAAUCGGGAGAAGUUCGACUCCAGCAGAUACGAAUCUUAUAGCGGGAGGAGAAGGCUUAGUAUCUCUUGGAGAAACAGGUGAAGGAUUAGAAGGUUCAGGAACAGGAAGACCAGAUACUAGUGCAUUACCCAGAGGACCGAGCACAGUACCAGGAGGAACUAGUACAGCAACAGAAGGAAUGAUGGUAGCACCAGGAGGAUCAAGCGCAGCACUGUUAGGAGAAUAUGCAGCAUCUGGAGAAGGUACUAUCCAAGGUGGUCGACCCAUUUCAGAGAGCACUGGAGAAAUACACCGGGAAGUCAUACCAGAGAGCGCCCGUCCGGGUGAUACAGACGGAGUACAAGAUAACUCUAAGGCAACUCGUGGAAUAAGAAAAUCACUAGGUGACUUUAAAAUGCCACUUGGACAUGGUCCCAAAAUGCCAGAAGGAUUCAAAAUGCCAGCUGGACGUGGCUUUAAAUUGCCAAAGGGGCAUGGGUUCAAAAUGCCAGAUGGGCAUGGACUCAAGUCGCCAACAGGCCAUGGUCUCAAAAUGCCUACAGGACGUGGUUUCAAAUUUUCAGCAGGAGGCCGAAAACGAGAUAAACGCAGCAAAUUGCCGGGCCAAAAAGGGACAAAUGGAGAUAGAAACGAGGAUGAAAUCUCUUAUUCUUCUGACGAUUUGUAUGACUCUGAAUAUGAUGUAGAUGAGGACGAAAGUUUUCUUGGAACAUUUGACAGCGGAUUCAACGAUUUCCCUGAGAAAUUCGCGGAAAUGAUUAUAUCCCCACAGAAAACAUUAAGUGAAAAUUUUGAAACGAUCGUUCUUAAGAUUGAAACUCAGAAUAACGUCAUUAAUAGUCUUAAGGAUAAAAUUAAGGAGAAAGCAAAGAAAUUUCCUAGAACAAUGCUAGAGGAUAAUGAGAUUCAUAAUCUGAAUGUGUGCAUACAAGAGGAGCAAAAGAAACUGUAUGUUAUUCAAAGAGCUGCUCUACAACUGCAGGAAAAAGAUCCCUCCCGAAAAUGGCCUCCACUGCGGUUGGCUACAACAUACAUAGAGGACUGUAUGCCUAUUAACGUGAACUUUUGUAGGCCAGUAGAAGAGUGUUUGCCUGAUAAGUAUCCACUCACCAACGUGCAAAAUUAUCUUCCAAGACAGGGUGGUAGAAGUUCGGAGGAGAUAACUUCUAAAAAAUCAACUCAUUCAGACUUGUUUGGGGGUUUAGAUCCCGAGAAUCGUAGAGGAUUCAAAAUUAUACGUCGGAGUCGGGAUCCUCUUUUUCAGCAGUUACUUCCUGAAAACCGCCGUGGGUACUCCCUUGAUCCUAAGAAGCGUUUGCGGCCACACUAUGUCAAAGGAGAUUUGGUUGGGGGGUCGCCUCCUAAACUUUCGAAAACUACAAAACGUGAAAUGGUCAAUCGCAUUCAAGGAAAGAUUGAUGGGAUUCAGAAAGAGUUGCAUUCCUUGGAGUGCAUGAACUCCAGUUCCGAUUACUCGAAGAAACGGAAGUCAUCCUGUAAAGAUGCCAGUAAACGGACCAUGUCGGCAAGGCGUUGUGUGGAAGACAUCGCUAAUGCGAUCUCCAGGAUCCAAAGUGUGCUGGAAGGUAACUGUGAUGAGAAAUUGGGGGAGGAGAGGGAUACGAUGAGUACUCAUUCUGAUGCUGAACUAAACUGCCCGUAUUGUCUGAGAAAGUGUAAAUGCAUGUUGGAAAAGGAUAAUUGUUCGGACCGUGAUCCGGAUAAGUACCAACUAAAGAAAAUGUAUUGCGAACUUCUUGAGAAAUAUGAUCAGAGAGAAAGGGAGAUCACGAGGCUAAAAGCGACGGUAAGGACUUUAAAUAAUGAAAAAGAAGCUACCAAACGAGAUACCUUGAGUAACGCACAGCGCGGCGAAAUUCAUUUACUAAGGGACAAGCUGCAGCAGUACCAAGUGAAUUGUGAUGACUUGAAAGUAAUGAUAUGCGAGCAGGCUCGGCAAAUUGAUGACUACCGGGUCAAAUAUAUGGCGACUUUGCAAAAGGUUGAAGAACAGAAUUGCAUGCUUCAAAAAAUGGAGAUCAAUAAUAGGCGAAUUGAGGAUCAGAUAAAUCUGGAAAUCCAGCAGAUCAAGGAUCGAUUUCAGGAUAAGCUUAACCAAUACAUCCAUCUUCCACAACUUCUGGAGAACGAACAAAUAAAGCUUGCCGCGUGUUGUCGUCAAAAAGAUGACCUUGAGAUGAAGCUGCGUAUUGUUUGCCGCGAGUAUAGGGCCUUGAAAGUCCUGUACAAAAAGGCUUCCCAACGAGAAGAUCCUGAAAGGAACAAAAAGCUCAACGACGAACUGGCGAAUUUGAGACAACAAUUUGCUUUACUAACUGAAUGUAAGGAUCGUCUGAGCAAGGAGAACGAGGACACACGCAACGAAUUGGAUACACUCCGUGCAGAAUCCGCAAGGAUCAUUGUUCGUCUAAAGGAACGUGUGUCUUCCAGCCAGGCCAAUUUGGAGCGGCAUGUUGACGAACUCGAAAAAGAACUGGCAAAAUGUCGAGCAGCUGCUUGUCUUUCAAUAGCCGAUCGGGAUUGUGUCAUCAAGGAUAUGCAAGCGCAACUGAAUUGUUUGUCCCUUAGUUUUGAUUCCUCCCAGAAACAGAUUAAGACUCUCAAGGAUCACAUAGCUUAUCUGUCGCAUGGCAAAACUGAGUCAGUUGUGAUCUGUUGCCAGCCGGAUGGUGACAAAUAGUCCGGAGCGGAAUGUGCAGGGUAUGCAGGACGUCGAUUUGAGCCAUAACUGGAGGAUGCUCUUCUUUGCAUCGAGGCUUGAAUUUGUAAUUUGGUGUAGAUGUUUUCUUAUUUAUUUGAUCAUAUUUUUUUUCUAUUUAUUAAUGUGUUAUUGAGAUAUGUAUUAGAUCCUACAGCUGUAUAGAUAUUUUUUUCAAAGCGUAGUUGAAAUCUGAGUUGGCAGUGAAAAGGAAAGAAUGUUCUGUACUCUUUUCAUAAUUUUUGAUCCUGUCGAAACUUGUAAUAAAGAUUGCAGUUUCUGAAACU